CAUCCUCAAGGUUGCUGGUUCAAAUCUAUGUGGUGGAUAAAAAGAAAUUUGUGCCUGGACCAAGGCUGCAUCUCAGCUACAAAUAAUCUUGAAGGUUAUACAAAUAAGGCUAUACAAAAAAUAUUGCCAAAAAUGGUUUAUAGAUCAGUUCUAGUGAAAUCCCCAGUAGUAUAUGGGUCUCCGCUAUCAGUAGUGCUUGAAGAAGAAAAAAAGCUUGAGUGGCCACUUGCAAGACGCACCUGGAGUACUGAGAAAUUUAUCCCAAAUGCGGAGGUGGCAACCAUACUAUACGAUAAGCUAGAAGGUGGAAUAAAGGAGGAGGCCAUUCCGACUCCAGUAAUAACGGCUCCAAUAAUGGCGACUCCGAAAGGCUCCAACAACGAUCUAAGAACGACACGACUUCAACACCGCGAUUCCAGUAACGAAGACUCAACACGACACCAACAACGAUCCAAGGACUAUUUGAGUAACAAUGCUCCAAUAACGACGACACUAGCAAU